AGCUCACGGUGAGGGUGAGAUCUCGAAGGUGCGGAGGCAUGACUGACAGGCGUUGGCCCCGCCUCCCGCGCUGCUGUGGUGCGCAGCUGAGUCCGAGCGCAACGAGCCGGAGAGCGCAGCAGCGACUUCACCGCUGCAACUUUGAUGACGGAUUUUUUUUUUUUUUGGAGACGUCGAUGAGCGCGUUCGAAGAGCCUUUCUGGUGAAGACGAGGGGACAGAGUCUCGACCUGCGGUACCCCCCCGACCCCCCCUCCCCCCCGGUCACCACCUCCGACACCCCGCUCUUUGCUAGUGCGGGUCAACAACAAAAAUGAAAUUCCUGACGUGUGUCAUCGCAGUCGCGUUGGCGGUGAGAUCUGCGCACGGAGGUACGCUGGACGAGCCGUGUGCCGGACGCAACUGUGGAGAAGGGUGCCGGUGCAACCCGGAGAAAGGCAGCAGGGGCCGACCCGGUACCCUCGGUGAGCUCGGUCAGAGCGGACCAGAGGGGCCCCGGGGGGGCCCCGGGCCCACCGGACCUAAAGGAGAGAAGGGCCACAUUGGGCUGAAAGGACCUUCUGGCCCCAAAGGAGACAAGGGACCUAUGGGAGUACCGGGCUUCCAAGGAACGGAUGGAGUACCCGGUCACCCUGGUCAGGACGGAGGGCGAGGACCAUCGGGACUGGACGGCUGCAACGGGACCAGAGGAGAUCCGGGGAGGCCCGGCUACGGGUACGGAGAACCCGGCUCACCUGGAUACGCUGGGCCUUUCGGGCCGAAGGGUCAGAAAGGAGAACCUCGAUAUGUCCCUGAGGGUCUGACAAAUUUACCGGGUGUGCAAGGAAGCGACGGCCAGCCGGGCAUCAUAGGUCCGAUUGGUCGGCCUGGUUUUCCUGGUCCGAGGGGGCCCGAGGGAUUCAGCGGCCCGCCUGGUCCUCCUGGUCCUCCGGGGCCAAUGGGGAGCCAAAGUAACGGAUAUGAAGGGGAGAAAGGAGACAAGGGCGACGUGGGUAAAACCGGACUCAGCGGGACUCCGGGCGACGGGUCGCUAACCGGCGACCCCACGCUCACCAUCUACAAAGGAGAUAAGGGGGCCCCAGGCCCGAAAGGCUUCAGAGGGAUCUCCGGCGCGCCCGGCCAACCGGGGCCGUUCGGCUUCGGCGGUGAACCCGGAGAGACGGGCAUCCCCGGAUACCCCGGGGGGAGGGGCCCCCCCGGUUUCAACGGGCCUCCCGGAUCUCCGGGACUACGGGGGCUCAGAGGUUCUCCGGGCUUCUCGGGAACACCAGGAUACGACGGAGCAAAGGGAGACCUGGGAGACACCGGGCCCGCGGGACCCCCGGCCUACGUCACCGACCGGGGCACCUCCAUCCAAGGUUCGACGGGUGACCCGGGUCUCAGCGGCGCGCCCGGUUUCCCCGGCGACCAGGGCUUCCCGGGAUACAAAGGACAGCCCGGCGCACCGGGAGUCGGCGGCAGCGGCGGCAUCGGCUCAGAUUUCCCCGGCCAACGCGGUUACCCCGGCACCUCCGGUCCCAAGGGAGAGACGGGUGACCCGGGCCCGACUGCCUACGGCUCCGAAGGAAGACCCGGCGGACCGGGAAACCCCGGAGCCGCCGGACCCCCCGGACCCCCCGGCCCUUCGAGAUCCCGCGACGGACCCUGCGUCAUCUACCCGUGGCCCGAUUCCAAAGGUGACCCCCGCCCUGGAGAGCCUGGGCUUCCUGGCUCCAGGGGAGAGCCAGGAGAACGAGGAUUCAACGGCUUCAGAGGUGAUCCCGGCGACUGUGACUGCCUCGGAGGCGGCGGCUCGGGGACCACCGGGUCGCCCGGGCUGCCGGGCCGCAACGGAGACCCCGGCCCCCCGGGACCAAAGGGGGGCCGCGGCGACGGCGGGUCGCCGGGCUUCAAUGGCGUCCAGGGGCCUCCCGGCCGCGCCGGGGACGCCGGCUACUUCGGUCGCAAAGGAGCGAAGGGGGAGCCCUUCUUCUCCAACCGCGGUGCCGGCCUGAAGGGAGAGCUCGGAGCCACUGGGGCCCGAGGACCCACGGGGGAGACCGGCAAGCCCGGCAGAGACGGAAUACCCGGGUUCCCCGGAACCCCCGGCAUCCCGGGCGACGGCGGCUUCGGCUCCGUGGGGGAGAAAGGUUUCCCGGGGUUCCCCGGGGGGAAGGGGCGUCCCGGCGCGCCCGGCGCGCCCGGCGUCGGCUACGCCGGGCUGCCCGGCUUCCGCGGGGAACCCGGAGACCCCGGUAGGGACGGGCCGCCAGGGCCACCCGGUUCACCUGGGUCAAAAGGUGAAAUCAGCUGUGCGGGGGUUAAUGGCGCCGGAGAGGGACCGGGCCAAGUGCUGCCGUGCAACGUAGAUCCAGAGCUCGCAGAGCCCGGCCCCCCAGGUUCACCGGGACCACCAGGUGUUAAAGGUGAGCCCGGUUUCCCGGGAAACCCGGGACGUCCCGGCUUCGACGGCUCCAAAGGAGAGAGAGGAGACCCGGGUUUCGGAGGCCAACCGGGACAACAAGGUUUCCCCGGACAAAGAGGAGAUCCUGGGACUCCCGGUUCUCCGGGUCAGAGUUCCGACGGACCCCGGGGCAACAACGGCGCUCCGGGGCGUCCCGGAAGCAAAGGUCAGCCCGGAGAGGUGCUGGGAGCCACGGCGGGGGGCCCCGGGCAGGACGGUUUUCCCGGAGUCCCCGGAGACAAGGGCCAGCUCGGGACGCCAGGGAGUCCCGGAUUACCCGGCGCUGACGGGCGCUUCGGGGUCCCCGGGCUGAAGGGAGAGCCCGGCAACAACGGGUCCCCCGGCUUCGACGGGCUUCCCGGCCCUCCCGGCCCGUCCUUUGGCAUCCCGGGUCGGCGCGGAGCGCCCGGCGGCAGCGGGCAGAGAGGGUCGUCAGGUUCCCCUGGUCGCAAAGGAGAAAGAGGAGACCCGGGCUUCCCGGGCCCGGCUGGGAUGAAAGGAGCCCUGGGGCUGCCCGGCUUCUCCGGACCACCAGGGCCCAGUGGACCCCCCGGACCCCCGGGGCCAGGAACCAGAGACGGAUUCCCAGGAAGCCCCGGCAGGAAGGGGGAGACCGGCGCCGCGGGACUGACGGGUUUCCCGGGACUCCAGGGUCGCCCCGGAAGCCCCGGGUUUCCCGGAGUGAAGGGAGAGCCCGCGGGAUCCGGAAGGAACGGACUCCCCGGCGCUCCUGGAUUCCCCGGACCGAAAGGUGAUAGAGGAUACAGCGGCCCCCCCGGUCCGCCCAGUCCCUUUGUUCCAUCCGAAGGGCUGGUGAAAGGUGAUCCCGGAACACCGGGAGCCAGCGGCCUUCCCGGCUUCCCCGGAGCCCGAGGUGACAAAGGUCAGUCGGGCCUGCCGGGCCGCCAGGGCCUUCCGGGACUUCCGGGUUACGCCGAUCGGAGCAAAGGGCAGCCAGGACAGCCCGGGUUUCCCGGGCAACCGGGCAACCCGGGUUUCCCGGGUCAGAAGGGCGAGUCUGGCAUCGUGGGAUUCCCCGGCAUGUCGGGACCUCGGGGUGACGACGGUUCGCCUGGUUUCCCCGGCAACCCCGGAGAAUUUGGUCGCCCCGGCGGAAAAGGUGCACCCGGAGAAAGCUACGGCUAUCCCGGGAGCCCGGGAGCUAAAGGCCAGCCCGGAGAUCCGGGCUUCCCUGGGGGCCGCGGCAGCGACGGCGCCCCCGGCGAAAGCGGCUUCCCUGGAGGUCCCGGUUUCCCUGGGACGAAGGGAGGUCCCGGCGAAGGAGGGCGUCCUGGAAUAACCGGCUCGCCCGGUUUCCCCGGGCCCAAGGGCCAGUCCAGCUACCCGGGAGAGUCGGGGCCGAACGGGUCUCCCGGUCUGCCCGGCAGUCCUGGAGGUCCCGGAUCCAAGGGUUUGUCCGGACCCCCCGGUUUGGACGGACUCAACGGCCUCCCUGGACCCAAAGGCCUCCCUGGAACCCGAGGGGUGAAUAUAGGAGGUCGCCCGGGAGAACCCGGCGUCCCAGGCUUCAAGGGCGAGAGAGGCGUCACCUACCCAGGAAACCCGGGCUUCCCCGGGCCCAAGGGAGAGAGAGGAGACUCAGGCGGUCCUGGGCGCGUCGGCUUCCCUGGCCUGCCCGGACCUCCCGGUCCCACCGUGGGCUCAAAUUUUCCCGGGCCUUCUGGAGACCCCGGCCUGCCCGGACUGGAUGGAGAGUAUGGUUUCAUGGGACCUCCGGGUCCUCCCGGCCCUCCUGGUCCAGGCACGGCACAGGGAGACCGGGGUGACCCCGGGCUCCCGGGCUUCCCCGGCUCCCCCGGCAGGAAAGGAGACGCGGGCAUCCCCGGAGGCCCCGGCCGGCCCGGCAGCCCCGGGUUCAAAGGAGGACGAGGGGAGAGCGGCUACGGCGGCGGUUCUGGUCUCAAGGGUUACGCCGGUGACCCGGGUUACUAUGGAAACAAAGGAGCUAGGGGACGACGAGGUCCCCAGGGUCAAAAGGGUCCCCCGGGGGUCGUCUCGAGUCCCCCCUCGGAACUGUACGGGGACCCGGGUUUCCCCGGUGCAGCGGGUGGGCCCGGCGAGAGCGGAGAGCCCGGUCAGCCCGGGCUGCCCGGACGUGGAGGUCCCAAGGGUCGACCCGGUCCCGUGGGUAAACUCGGCAGGACCGGAUCCCCCGGCUUCCCCGGACCCAUCGGCGACGCCGGACCCCCCGGUUUCCUCGGACCCACUGGAGCGCAAGGUGCUACUGGCGCGGCGGGCCGCCCUGGCGCCCCCGGCGGCGUGGGGCGCAGCAGCAGCAUCGGCUACACGCUGGUGAAGCACAGCCAGAGCUCCCAGGUGCCCAUGUGUCCGCAGGGCAUGGCCCAGCUGUGGGAGGGGUACAGCCUGCUGUUCGUGGAGGGGCAGGAGAAGGCGCACAACCAGGACCUCGGUCAGGCCGGGUCGUGCCUCCCCAGGUUCAACACCAUCCCCUUCCUCUACUGCUCCCCCAACGAGGUCUGCUACUACGCCAGCCGCAACGACAAGUCCUACUGGCUCUCCACGACGGCGCCCAUACCCAUGAUGCCCGUGGCCGAGCAGCAGAUACAGCCGUACAUCAGCAGGUGCUCCGUGUGCGAGGCGCCGUCCCUGCCUGUGGCGGUGCACAGCCAGGACAUGACCAUCCCCACCUGCCCCCCCGGCUGGAGGAGCCUCUGGAUCGGUUACUCCUUCCUGAUGCACACGGCGGCCGGCGCCGAGGGCGGCGGCCAGUCCCUGGUGUCCCCCGGCUCCUGCCUGGAGGACUUCCGCGCGACGCCGUUCAUCGAGUGCAACGGCGCCCGGGGCAGCUGCCACUACUUCGCCAACAAGUACAGCUUCUGGCUCACGACCGUGGAGCGCAGCCAGGAGUUCGUCUACGCGCCGGCGCAGGAGACCCUGAAGGGAGGCCAGGAGCGCUCCAGGGUCAGCCGCUGCCAGGUCUGCAGCAAGAUCUUGUAGGUGGAGGAGGAGGAUGGAGGAGGAGGAGGAGGAGGAUGGAGGUGGCACGUAAAAGAAUAAAGACGACUGACUGCAGAUGAGCUCCCGCUCCUCUCGGGGAGUCGAGACAAACGACAUCAAAGCGGCCUUUUAGAGUUUUUGAUAUCUUUUUUUUUUUUUUAUGAAUGAAUGGCUUGUUGUGGAGAUGUUUUUAAAAACAUGGAGUUUGAAUGAGGACACGGAGGGAGCGCCCUCGCUCUCCUCUAGAUUAUCACUGACAAUGGUGCUAUUGUUUUAAGUGUUUUCUGUAUUUUGCGUUGUUUUCUGGCUCCGGAGGCGUCGACCUCGUGGCGAGCGGCUCUCACCGAGUCACCUGACUGGGGCUCAGACUCCCGCAUCGUCUACCUGAGAGCCGCUCAGCUGCAGAGACGCACAGACGUGCAGAGGCGUGUCGUUAGAUGGCGGGAUGCAGUCAGGUGACCGUUAGCGUUUAACUGAGCUGUUUGUGUGCAACAAUGUCCAAAACUGUGCAGUAUUUACCUCAUUUUCUUUAAUAUCACACCCACAGGAAUAAGAGGAAGUUAUAGAGUGAAAUCUACCUUUUUAAGAACGAAAUAAAGAGGAGCAAAAUGAACCGGUAAUAAAUUCACAAGCAAAUUAUUGGUGGAUCUUUUUUUAGAACAGAUCCCAGACCAGCAGCCUUUAAGUCAGAGAGGAAACCGCUUCCUCAGUAGAAUUGUUAUCGUUUGUAUCUCUGCACUCUUUGACUUUCUAACAACACAAAUAAUCCAAACGUGAUUUUUAUUCUUUAAAGUAAGUAAGACUCUAUGGUGCUACAACAACCCUCACUGAUAUGAAAAACAAUAUUUCAAAAUAUUACACAUGCUAUUAAAAGGUUAAAAAACUUCUUCUAAACGGCUCAAACAGAAUCUGGGCCUCCGAUAACGAGGCCUAAUAUACAUUCUUAUUCAUAUAUAUUCACAUACACAUAUACAUAUACAGUAUAUUGCACUGAUGUGAACUCACAUGCGUUACAGCAAUGAACCAAAUCAAGGGGCGUAUUUACUCUCCACCUUCAGACUUUCAUCUUUAUUUUGUGACCAAACCUCCCUCAGACGGCAGGAAACACACACACACACACACACACUCUCUCUCUCUGAUUGGCUGUUCCUUGUUGCUGUAUAUAUUGCUUACUGUCUUCCCCCACCUAAGUCUGUUUGAGCCGAACUCUCUAAAGCCAUUAGCUCUUUGUUUUAUUUUCACAUUCCUCUGUCCUUGGCAAAGAAUUAGGAAACCGUCACUUAUUUCCUCUCCAUAAAUGUGGUUUUAUGACAGAAUGCAGCGUUCUUUUGGGGGGAGGAGGGGGGAGGGGGGUUGACUUUGGUGGUCAUCCUCGGACAGUGGAAGCUUCUGUGUGACUUCUAACCACUAUGACCACUGUCCUCCUGUCUUUUGAUUUCAUUUUACUCUUCGUUUUUGUUUGGCCGUCAGCCUUUGUGGUUUUGUAAUCUAGUUUGUAAUUAUUUCGCUUAAAUUACGCUACUAUACCUUGGUUUUAUUUACUUUAGAGAUGGGGGGGAAUGGGAAGACAACGACGUGUACAUGAAAUAUUAUUGGAAAAAAAAAACAGAUGCCUUAAGGAUUAUGUUUAUAUGAAAAAUAUAUUCGCCACUGAUGAUUUAACAGACGCAGCGUCAUGCUUUUAUUGUCUGUUUGGUCCACGCAAUGUUUUCAUAAAGAGUUGAAAUGUUUUGAGCAGCGGAGGGACGGAAAAGAAAUGCGGUUUUUCCUCAAAGAGGAUCCAUAACAAUACAACAUUAACAACAUGUCUGUUACUGUAACAUGUAUUUCUGUGCUCACACAAGUUGAAAUAAACUCUUUAAACUAA